AUGACCUGGGCCCUGGUCAGCCUCGUGACGCACUCCGGGCCCCAGGAGCCCUGUCAAGUGAAAGCCCAGCCCUGCAGAUCUUGGAAGGAGCCCAAGGAGAGAGCUCAGAGCCUGCGACUCUGCCUUUCAGGCAGCAGAGGGCAGAAGACCAAAAGAUCCCCACCAGCGCAGAGAUCAAAUAGGCCUCCAGAGAAGCCUCAAAAGCUGCUCACGUGAGAUCAAGGAGAGGAAGAGCAGGCCGGCAGGAUGUAAAAGGGGAGGCUGAGGCUGCGUACUCCCCAGCUGACCCCCAUGGAGACAGCAGCAGCCAUGGCCACUAAGGCUCAGCAUGCCCCACGGAGGGCAAGGGAAUUUAAGGGCACUGCAGCUACCCGUUCAGCAUGGCUCAGGCCAGAUACUGAGUCUCAGAGCUUGACAGAUGAGAACAUACUAUCCCUGACACCCCGGCAGCUAGCAGCCUUCCAGGAUAUCUUCAAACUGUUCAGCUCCAACCCAACAGGCACUGGGGAUAUGCACAGCAUAAAAGUGGCCCUGCACAGUGUGGGUAUCCAGCUGAGUCCACAGGAGAUGUGUGAGGCUCUGCGGCAGGCAGACUUGGAUGGUGAUGGAAUCAUAAGCUUCAAAGACUUCCUGGGUGUCCUCACUGACAACCACCGCUUGGCUCAGUGCAUGGGCCAGGUGAGGGGCAGUCGGUUCUGUGACACCCCCCCUCCCCAGGGCCUGCAGACCGUGUUCUUAGAAAUGGUGUUCAAGGUGCUGAACCAGGGCUUUGUGCCCUCCAAGUCGGUGCAGGAGAUGACAGGCUACUACUUGAAGAAGCAGCGGGCUCUGCGGCUGAGUCCAGACUGGAGGGGCUGGUACCGCGGCCACGGCCGCCCCGCGCGCGUCGGCGGCCUCUCCAGCCACGAGCUGGCGCGCUCCUUGCACAGACUGUACAAAGCAGGUGCGCGCAGCCCCUACUCUCAGAGACCCCCCCUGGCGGGGCGGACGCAGCCGGAACGCAGGACGCGGAGCCCCGCCCCCAGUCCCGAGGUGCGACUUCCCAAACGCUACCCGCCCGGCCGCCCCAAGCGCCCGUCCAACCUGCGACCGCUCUGCCAAGGGCCCCUCUGCCCUCCCGCAGGAUUCGUGGGCCAGCCACUACAGCAUAUGCGCCCCUCGAAGCCGUCUCCCUCCCCCACAACUCUAGCACAGAAGCAGCCCUUCUCCCCGUCGCCAGCUUGUUUGCAGAGACCUGCUAUGAAGAGCGUGUACAAGUAA